AUGUCCACCUUCGAACCGGUCAUCGUCAUUGACGGCAAGGGGCACUUGCUCGGUCGCCUCGCCAGCACCGUCGCCAAGCAGCUCCUCAACGGACAGAAGAUUGUCGUUGUGCGCUGCGAGGCUCUGAACAUCUCUGGAGAGUUCUUCCGCGCCAAGUUGAAGUACUCUGCUUUCAUGCGCAAGCAGACCCGUUACAACCCCACCCGUGGUGGACCCUUCCACUUCCGCGCCCCCUCCAAGAUGUUCUGGCGAACCGUCCGCGGCAUGAUUCCCCACAAGACCGCCCGCGGUAACGCCGCCAUGGAGCGCCUCAAGACCUUCGAGGGUAUCCCUCCCCCCUACGACAAGAAGAAGCGCGUCGUCGUCCCCCAGGCCUUGAGGGUACUGAGGCUGAAGCCCGGCCGCAAGUACUGCACUGUCGGCCGUCUCGGACACGAGUUUGGCUGGAAGUACCAGGACGUUGUCGCUCGUCUCGAGGAGCGCAGGAAGGUCAAGGGUGCCGCAUACUACGAGCGCAAGAAGGCGGCCAGGAGGCAAUUGGCUGAGGCCAAGAAGUCCGCGUCUGUUGACGGCAAGAUCGUCGAGUCCCUCACCUCCCUCGGCUACUAGACGUCGGCAGUUAAUGAACAGUGUCGGUGUCGGUGAUGUGGUUCGGCGUGGGAUGCAUUGGGCUCAUGGGAUCUUUUCUACCUCUACUAUACUUCGACCAUUCCAAAGGGUGUCCAGGCUAAAAGAGCAUAUCCACAGGGUGCUCAUGUUAUGGGUCUCUUCACGGUCGGUCUGCUAGAAGAAAAUACGAAAUGAAAAUUCCAGGGCUG